UGUACCUCCAAAGCUCACCUAAUAUUCGGCUGUCGGGCCGGAACCAUAUAAAUCCAUCAAAAAUGCGGGCCACUUUAUUUUUAUUCUUUUCGCCAUUCUAGCUUGUUCUUGAUAUCCGAAGUGAUGCAAGAAAGUCUUCAUAUUAACCUGUUGCUUUUUAUAAUUUUAUAAUAAAUUGCGCCGUAUAAAACAUCACCAAGCCGGUCGAACUACCGGUCUGUAUUCUCAAUUUCAGGUUUUCGCUAUUUUAAAUUAACCAAUCAAUACCCAGUGGUAAGUCUUUGCGGUGUCUUCAGCUUUUCAACGCUGCCAUCUUCUUUGCAUCCUGCAACUCUUUCCACCAUAGUGCGUGGAUGCACUCGGAUGGCAGAGAUGGAUCGAUCUUGUCCUCCGACCCAAUCGUUUUUCUGGACCAUCUCUCACCUGUGAUGGAUACAGACACCUGGGUUUGGACCACAUUCAUAUUCUGCUAGUUCUCUAGUCUCUAGCCGUUCUCAUUCUCAUUGGACCAAACUUGUCAGAUAUCAACCACGCAUUACAAAAAUGGCUGCUUGUAAGGUUUGCGAGCAGGACCUGACGCUGGAAUUGGAUGGUGAUGAUGACAACGAUGAGCCGCAGUUGGUGCCUGACGAUCUGGAACUCACUUGCGGAUGCCAUUAUCAUUGGCAAUGCCUUCUCGACCAGGCAGCGGGGUUGGCCGUGUCGCUUAAGUGCCCUUCAUGUGAUACAGGGCUCGCCACGUACACACCAGGGCCUUCCUUUAGUAGCUCGUUUGUGCAAUCCGCACCCGGCGCAGCUAUCCUAACAAGAUAUACCAGCGAAGGUGGCAUUCAGGAGAACUACGAUAUUCUCCCUGCAAUCACCGAGGAGGCUUAUCUAGAAGCAAACCCCGAGGCUCGUCCUGCUCGCGCCUUUCACAUCAUGUGCAGGGAGGGCGAUGUAGGCGGAAUAGUAGAGCUCCUCCGCGAUGCGGAGCAAGCGCAAGGAGACGAGCCUACAAUGAAUGUCGCAAGCAUUAUCCGCUAUAAAGACCCGUUAGCAGACUCGCAGACUGGCCUGCAUAUCGCGGUGGAAAAGGGGCAAGAGGAAGUCGUCUGGUUUCUUUUGUGGAUAGCUUCAACCCUUCCUACGGGAUCGUUCCCCGGGCAGGCCGUGCAAAUAGCACAAGUGAUGGGAAUCGAGCGGCCGAGCACGUUGGCCUCGGAAGAUAUCCGAGCACUUGCAGAUAAUCAAGGCCGGACGGCCGAGACGCUUGCAGCAGAGAUGGGUGGCUACUGGGCGAGUCUGGUAGAUUCUGGUACUUUACACCCUGGGACCUGACCUUGAUUAUGUCGAGCAUAGCUUGCUUUGUUUAAUGCACGAUGCUCUCGAUUAUUGCAUAAUUACCGUGUAUACACAUCCUGAAUUAUCAAAAGUCUCAGACGAGUCCCCCACCUCCCCCAAGCAAAUCCCCCCGCUUGUUACCUGCGUGUGCGUACGUACCUAUACUUCUACCAGCCCACAUGCGAUGUACGUGAUCAAACACCCAACAGGUUUGUUGAAGAAAUCCGUAGUGAUCGCUCAGUGACUAAGUCACGUUGCAGGCUCGUGAUCUUACAUAGGUUGGUACCGAGAAUAGUGUAACACCGUUACAGUAAGUAACUUGAGGCCGAUUUCUACGCCAGCUGCUGUAAGACCAACGAAUCCUGUGAUGCUACCAUCCGUGGAGAGGUAAAACUCCACAUAUUAUUCAUGUAUAAUAAUUUAAU